CCUCCCGCGCCGGGGCCCUCCCUCGGCUCGCUGGCUCUCUCCCUCCCUCUUCCCUCCUUUGCUCCCUCCCUCCCAGAGCCCAAUUGCUCAAGCCGCUUCCUUCCCCAACGCCAGCGCCAGUUCCUCUCCCGGAGGGGCCCGGGAAGGGCAGCGAACGCUCGACACUGGAAGCGCCGCGGCGGCGGCGGCAAGACCAUGGCCGAGCCCCGGGGGCCCGCGAGCCCGGGGCCCAAGGCCUCCCUCGCGGCCACCGCGCUGAGCCCGCGGAGCGCCCUGCAGCCCCGCCCCUGGAGAGUGGACGCCGGCACCCUGGGCAGGUACCGGGGCCACACCGCCGCCUCCCGGGACCCCCUCCUCCACGGCUCGCUGAUGCUCUCGGGAGCGGGCUCGGGCCGCCGGCGGGGAGCGCUGCGGGAGCUGCUGGGGCUGCAGGGGGCGGCCCCCGCCGGCUGGCUGUCUGAGGAGCGCGCCGAGGAGCAGAGCCCGGCCGGGCCGAACGGUCCGGGCGGCGGCGGGCUGUGCCUGGAGCCCCACGAGCACGCGUGGAUCCUGGCGGCCGCCGAGGGCCGCCUGGAGGUGCUGUGGGAGCAGCUGGAAGCCGAGCCCUCCCUGUUGCUGCGCUGCGACCCGAUCACGGGCUACACGGUGCUGCACUGGUUGGCCAAGCACGGGUGCCACGAGGAGCUCAUCCUGGUGCACGACUUCGCCCAGCGCCGGGGGCUGCAGCUCGACGUGAGCGCCUCGGGCAGCGGCGGCCUCACGCCCCUCCACCUGGCCGCCCUGCAGGGCCACGACAUGGUCAUCAAGGUGCUGGUGGGCGCCUUAGGGGCUGACCCCUCGCGCCGCGACUACAGCGGCCACCGGGCCUGUCACUACCUGCGGCCCGACGCGCCCCAGAGCCUGCGGGAGCUGUCGGGGGCCGAGGACUGGGAGGCGGCGGGCGGCUGCGAGCGGAUCAACGCCAACAACAACAGCAGCGGCGCCGCUGCCCGGGCGCUGCGACAGACCCCGAGCUCGGUGGGCACGACCUCCGUGGAGGCCCCGGCGAGAGCGGGGGCGUCGCCCGGCAAGGAGAAGAACUACACGGGCAGCCGGGUGGCGCAAAUUCAGGGCCUCCUCCGCCAGAUGUUCCCCUUCUUCCAGGACCGUUGAGGGCGACAGAGACUGGAGAGCGCGGACGGAUCGCGACGCUGCGGUCGAGGCCUCGGUCUCGGGUGGUCUCGGGCCCCACCCGAAGGGGCGGCAGCUCCGGCCGCAGCCGAGUGCGCUGGGCCUGCAAGCAGCGGACCACCUCCAGGUUUGUCGCAGGUACCUGUCCCAGGUCUCCUACAGCCACCGGCCAGGAGACCUGGGGACCGGGAAACCCUCACCGAGAGAGAGCGCAAAGACCAAAGCUCUCCUAGCGCAAAACUAGUCCCCAAAACUAGGGGACUAAGGAGUUAGGGGCAGGAGUGUGGUCCUGCUUGGGAGAGGAAAAGUUAGGCUUCCAGAAGCCAUUUCUGGGCAGGCAGAAGCUCUGCGUGUAUUGGGAAGCACUUGCUAGAAGAAUGAGUUAAGACUGGAACCCGCUGAUACAGAGGAAGCUCCUAACUGAAGUCUAGACUCGCUGUUUCUGCGGGCAGUCACCCCCCACCCCAAACUGCUCCUGAGACAUCCAGACCUUACCGGUACUUUUUCUAAUGUAUCACGGAUGACUUCUUAAGCAUAUUAAAGCCGGGUAUGUUUUCCUUUCACAUGA